GCUGUAAGUCCAUGAAUGAAAUCUCUGGGCACGGACGGCUGUUGUCACCCCCAGGCGUGCCAGUAUUUCUGCUUUCAGCUUCUUGUAGUUACUGGCUUCCGCUGGUUCCAGAUCAUAGUAUGCUUUCUGGGAUUCACCAGUAAGAAACGGUGCUAGCAGACUUGCCCAUUCCGCUUCAGGCCAACCUUCUCGCUCAGCGGUUCGCUCAAAUGCCAUCAGUAGGCCUCUACAUCAUCUGUGGAUACCAUCUUUUGCAAGUAGUGACUCACUCUGAUCACCUUUGGACAUUGUGGUAAGUCUGUGGCAUCCCUGGCCAGCCUUUGUGAUAGACUCUGGAUCUCCUGCUGUAUGACACGUGGCACGCUGCUGCCUGUGUUGCUUCAACUUGCUUAAAUAAAGUAUCUGUAUUUUCCUUUUGAGCCAGUACAAGCUGCUGCAGUAUUGAAAUGCUCUCUUGCUGUAUUGCAUUAGUCUCUGCAGUCCUCCUAUUUGUCUCUUGCUGUACAGCAGUGGACUGGAGCAAAGCUUUCAUGACAUCCUCCAUUUUCUCAGCAGUCUCUUUCUCCCUACUUACAGACUUUGCCGUGUGCUGCCCGCAUUCUCCACCAUAUGUGACAAAAGUACUCCUUUCCCUUGGUACCUUGUCCUGGGAUUGGGAUGUUACACACAGUCUUUUCAGGCUUUAGAGACACUUCACACGCUGGAUGAGGUAAACUGACUUGCUCUUUUAUUGAGGUUCCAAAAUAAAUGCACAGUAAGGUAUAAAGGUAACAGAAAUAUAUCAAACAAAAGCCUUGCUCUUCUGAGCACUAACUAAACAAAAUAAUCAGCUAACUGGGUUGGAUGGCUUGUCCAUUUCCCAACAUAAACAAACAGCCUUACUGCUUCAGGGUUUUCAGCUCUCUGUUUCCACUCACAGAAACCAAACACAAAAUCUCUCUUCUUCCUUGGCAGGGGAGUACUUAAUAGCACUGGUGAUUGACAAUCCUUUUCAGGUGAGUUAGAUUAGGAUUCAAACUCCAGAACUGGACUUCUCACCAAGCAACUUCCAAAAUGUGGAGUGGAGCACUGGCCCACCCUACUCUCCAGGUGCUCCACCUCAGGGCCCAAAUAUACACAUAUUUAAAGUGCAACAUUCAUUAGAACAUAACACAUUUCCCUGGGGCUAAUUACACAAAGUAAGAACCUUGCAAAAUCUGGGGAGGUAUAUAGGUUCCUUCCAGCACAAUUCCUUGCUUUCUGUCACAAUAUAUAUAUAUAUAUAUAUAUAUACACACACACACACACAUACACACACACAGUAUAUGCUGCAGUGCUGUACAGAUAUACAACUUAAAACUUUGUUUUUACUUGGAGCACCUUGGAAAAAAAUUUGAAAUAUAAUAAGCUGGAAACUUUUUCUUGAAGAAUUUUAAUUGUGUGUACCCUUGUCUACGCAGCUGGUCGCUAAUACUUUCUAUGGGCAGUCUGAGGGAUCACGAUAAGCACUAGCAGAGAGGCCUAUCUGUGUGAAUAACAUUACAGUAAUACUGCUGUGUAACUAAUAAUACUACAUUAUCACGCAGCAAUACUGUAAUGUUAUAAGCUAUAACCUGUAAGCUCGUUUGAGCAGGGUCCUCUUCAACCUAUCGUUCCUGUAAGUUUUCUUGUAAAUUGGCCUAUUUUUAGUGAAAUCCCCUCUCUCAUAAUAUUGUAAAGCGCUACGGAAUCUGUUGGCGCUAUAUUAAUGGCGAUAAUAAUAAUAAUAAUAAUAACCAAGAGAGACGGGCUGAGCUGUACCAACAUGAAAAUAGAAACUAUUUGCACAAAUUUUCAGCACACAAUUUUGGAUGGGGGGAAAAAAUUUUGCACAAGAGAACAUUUCUGCACUAAAAUAAAAACUAGAGGUGCCAUUGUGUGUGACAGGAGUCUGCUGCAAUACCAGCUCCAUGCCCCCUCCAUCAGCCAUGGCUGCCAGCCUUACCUUCCACUGUCUCUCCCCAUUCAGCUCAAUGACAAGGCAUGGGGAGCAAUGAAUACAGAAAACACCCCAAACCCGGGAGGCAGAGCUCACCUUGGCCCUCUGGUAACGGUACUCCCGCCAGCACGAGCACUGCCGUCAGUUGGCAGCCGCCUGGUAAUAAAUGGCCCCAGCAUUCUGUGCUGCCAACUGACUGGAGUCCUCGCGCGCACAGCUUUGCGCUCUUCGCCUUCCCUAUACACGCACACAGCACAGGCUAGCUUAGCUACGCCCACAGACACCGAGCCGCGUUUCCGCGUGUAUUGUCCCUGCCGAGGAUCCGUAGUGGUUCUGUCCUGGACUCCUGCUUCUCCCACGUGUUGAAGCCGGAUGCAGAGUGCUCGCAGGACAGAGCCACGCUGAGGAUACAGUGUCUGCCCAGGUCAGAGCAGCCGUGCUACUAUUUAUAUAGUGUACUUUAUCCACGCUGUGCACGGUGACAGCCUUCAGCAAUAUAUUGUAACCAUGUGCUCAGAGCCUGCAAUGUGGCUGUUUAACUCUGAACCGUGCCUGCCCCCCUUAGCUGCUUGGUAGAAACAUUUAAAUCUAGCAUGCCUUAUAAUUGGAGGCAUGUUAUCGUUGUCUGUAAGUAUAUGUUCAUUGUAUCAAGAAAUCAGUAUCAAUUCUUCUACAGUAACUUUGACGUGAGAUAUGUUACUGAGCAUCGGUUUCAUGUAGGUAGUUGAAGGGGUGAUGGUUUAAUUACCUGCAAGGAAGUGUGAAGUACAGCAUAUGCCUGUGUUUUAACAUUUAGUUAAUGUUUUCUCUACCUCUGUUGCAGUCACCCUUUAUCUUAUGGCUGCUGCACCUAUUAAAGAUGGUUUGUCUCAGCCCCCUGAUACUAAAGCGACAAGAAAGGCAUGUGCCCUCCAAGAGGAGCCUGGGGCUGUGGAGGAAAAUGGACACACUGCCAAAAGAUUUAAACCUGACCAUGAGGAACAGAACAAAAAAACGCCGAAAAGAAAGGUGGUCCUACUAAUGGCUUAUUCAGGGAAAGGUUAUCAUGGAAUGCAGGUAAGAGUUCUGUGUUUUGGGGUAUAAUACUACUACGCUUUGGAAAUUCAGGAACUAUACAGAUAAGAAAGGAAAGCAGAAUAAUAAGUUAUAGUGAAAGGAUAAAUCUGUAUUUAUACAGCUAUUCUCUGCUUGUUAAACAUGUUUUAUGCGGCAUUCACACACAAUGCAAAUCCCCACCUUUCCAGACAAGCUGUUUUAUUGUGAAGCUGCCAUCAUCUUAAACACCUCCACAGAGGUAAUGCUAUGUAAUUGCUGCCAAGUACUUAAAUAUAUGCUCCAUAAACUUCUGCUAUGCCCGGGUUUGAGUAUGCUCCUCUUCUGCUCAAGACAGAGCUCACUUUGGAUGCUGUAAAGCCUGGAUAGCUGCAAAGUUAUGUACUUUAAAAUUUGAGAUUUUUAUUUUCAUUGCCUUAAAUGACCACUCUAGGCACCCAGCCCACUUCAGCUUAAUGAAGUGGUCUGGGUGCCAGGUCCCUCUAGGACUAACCCCCCCCUUUUUUUUUUUUAAAUAAAAAUAGCUUCAGAGAAACUAUGUUUAUAAUAGGGUUAAUCCAGCCUCCAAAUCCUCUAGUGGCUGUCUCAUUGACAGCCGCUAGAGGCGUUUGCGUGAUUCUCACUGUGAAAAUCACAGUGAGAAGACGCCAGCGUCCAUAGGAAAGCAUUGUGAAUGCUUUCCUAUGAGACCGGCUGAAUGCACGUGCAGCUCUUGCCGCGCGUGCGCAUUCAGCCAAAAUGGAGGAUCGGAGGCGGAGAGGCGAGCUCCCCGCCCGGCGCUGCAGAAAAGGUAAGAUUUAACCCUUCCCUCUCCCCAGAGCCGGGCGGGAGGGGUCCCUGAGGGUAGGGGCACCCUCAAGGCACUAUAGUGCCAGGAAAACGAGUAUGUUUUCCUGGCACUUUAGUGGUCCUUUAAAGAUGCAUUCUGAGUACCAGAGCAACAGUCCCUGUCUCUGCAGUCUUGCAAUGUAAAACCAAGAAAUGGCUAGUUUCCUUAGAAAGUUCCUUUUAGAUUUAGAACAUACCCAGUGGAGCAGUUCGAUUUUUGUCUUGUAUAGUGCAAUGUCUGUUCAUAGUCAAAGUAUUCUGUUCAAUCUCCUUGUAUCGCACUGAUUUGAACUACAAACACAGCCCUAUUCUGAUGGUUAUACUGUGCCCUUCAGAGAAAUGUGGGAUCCUCCCAGUUCAAAACAAUUGAAGAUGAACUAGUCCAGGCACUUGUAGGGGCUGGCUGUAUCCCAGAGAAUCAUGCUGAAGAAAUGAAAAAGAUGUCUUUUCAGCGGUGUGCUCGCACAGACAAGGUAAUCAAUCUUUAAACUGUAUAUACUUGGACAUUUAAUGGCAAGGCUUCAAUGGACACUCAAAGCACUAUAGCAGGUGUAGGCAACCUUCAGCAAUCCAUAUGUUGUAGACUACAUCUCUGUUGCUUUAUCAGUAUGGUUGUAAGAGAAUUAUGGGAGAUGUAGUCCAGAACAUCUGGAGAGCCAAAGGUUGCCUACCCCUGCACUAUAGCAAUCUAUGCUCAUUGCAUAGUAGAGCAGCUUCUUGUAUCCAUGCACCUGCAGUGAUUUCCAUGGUAGAGGGGAAAUGUUACUUCUUCUAUGCUCUCCCAUGCCUGGAUGGCACAUGCUGUACAAGUCCUUGCAUCCCUGUAGCAGCAGCUUUUUUAUAUUAAAAAUAAAAUAAAAAAAUAUAUAUACACUUCUGAGCUAUAUUAUGAUUUCUGCCUUGUACAAUGCAUUGUUUAUCAGUAGAUCUCAAUGGGCAGUAACACUAAUUAAUAAAUAUAUAUAUAUAUAUAUAUAUAUAUAUAUAUAUAUAUAUAUAUAUAUAUAUAUAUAUAUAUAUAUAUUAAUUAGUAUUUUAAUGAUAUUCACACAAACCAGAAUACAUGUUUUGUCAUUCCUUCUAGCACCCCUCCUGUCCUAAUUGUCAUUGUCAGAAUGUGAUAUCCAUGUAGUGUUACUGCCCAUUGAGAUCUACUGAUAAACAAUGCAUUGUACAAGGCAGAAAUCAGAAUAUAGCUCAGAAGUGUGGAUUUCCCCCCUUCCGCCCCCCAGUGUAAUAUAUUGCAAAAAAAACCACAGAAACCUUCCAUCUCACAAACCCUGACCCUAGUAAAUCUGGCGCGAUGAAAAUAUUCACUUAUAAUAAGUGAAUUGACUACAGGUUAGAGAUAAGUAUUUCAACCAUCCACAUAUAUCAAGUAUACUUUUCUGAAUAGCGAAUUCUAAAGGCAAGUGUUUCUCACUGGAUUGUAAUAUCUCUCUCAGGGUGUUUCGGCUGCAGGGCAAGUGGUGUCAUUAAAGAUCUGGUUGAUAGACAACGUAGUAGAAAAGAUUAAUGAACACCUUCCAUCACACAUCAGGAUUUUGGGUAAUUGUAUAUUUAUGCAUGAUUCUCUUUUGUUUUAUAGAGGUACUAUUCUGUUUAUCUAUGAGAACUACACUUCACAUAAAAAAAUAUCAGAGCUGAACCGUAACCUAGCAUAUUGCUUGCACUUGACCACACGUAUGUAUUAGUUCAUAUUGUUAUCUCUAGAUGUAUCCGUUCUAGGUUCCAUAAACAACAGGUCUGAGCUGACUCCUAAAUGCUACACAAAUUUGUACCAUCCUGAAAUAGACAUUGACAUUUGUAAAAUAUAAUAAUAAUAAUUUAAAGGCUGUUUACAGUCCAUUUAAGGGGACAGUCUAAAAACCAUGUCUACUACAGUUUAUUAUAAUGUUCAUGGUGCUAGCGAUAUGUGCUUUUUAAAUCCUCAUAUAUUUGGAAGAUAUUUAUUAUUAUUAUUAUUAUUCAUUGACUAUUGUCAUUCAGCCUAUUAGAAUAUUUAUUUAAAAAAUAAUUUUUAUAAAAAAUAUCAAAAAAAAAGAAUAAACUUUUUUAAUAUCAAAAUCGAUAUUUUGGCACACUGUCCCCUUGAUUGGUUUAAAGCUAAGAGUUACUAUUUUAACUCUAGUCCCUGGAGCACGUUUGUUAGCUAUUUAUAUUGCACACAUUAAUCACAACCAAUUUAUAAAAAUAUAAUUUAUUGUGACAAAUAAUAUGUAACAUGCAUGAUAAUCGGUGAAUAUUUAGUAUAACAAUAGGCAUAAAAUAUGGCAACCAUGACCACAACAGAGAUAAUUUCUAGAUCACUUAUCUUAUAGUGAUGGGUUAGCAGUCCACUCAGAAAUUAUCUACCAGUCGGGGUCAGUAUUCUUGGCAGGUAACAGUACAGAUUUUCAAUACUCGUGAAUAAUCAAUUGGCUAUUAGUAACAAUAUUCCAUCACAUAUCAAUUCAUUUCUAAAAGAAUUAUUCUAUUUCUAUCUUGUCUAGAACUUAAUUGACAUAUCAUCAAUACAGAUCAGAAAAACGACUGCAGAACAAAGCCAUUAACUGAUAGCAGUUCAGAUAAAAUUAAGUUACGUUCACUGCUUCCUGAAUUCUCACACAGUAAACACUUUAACCAUUAUAAACAAAAUACAAUGUUUCAUCUUACGCAGAUAGUCAAAUUAACUAUUCUUUACCAUCCAAUAACCAUAAGAAAAUAUGGUCUAAGUCUUUACUAGAGUUAUUUAACACUAAUUACAACUCAUUGCAAUCUCUUGGUAUCUGAUACAAUAUUAAAACUUAUCCCUGAAUUACUAUGUGUCUAAUAUCUCUGGCUAAUAGCUUGAUGUGCUAAACUUGGCAAAUUACCAGCAAAUCAGUAUAAUUCCUUUAAUUUCAGCUGCAGUCUGAAAUCCUGAAUUAUAUCAUUCCCUUUUAGCGAAUUAUGAUUCCAAAAUUUUGAAAUCUGAUCAGCAUUAUCCAGGUAUAUUUUUGUUUUUAGUAAAAAUUAAGUUAAACCCAUAUAUAAUUACCAAUCUUGUAGAAUACCUGUUGCUGUUCCGGAUGAAAUAAUAAUCCAAUGAAUGUGAGCUAAGAGUCUUUAAAGAUAGAAUAUAGUAUGAGAAUAGCAAAUUUAGAGCAGUUAUGCAAAAAAAAAAAAAAGAAAUCCAGAAUUAGUCUGGCUAACAAAGGAAUUCACGAUGGAAAAGAUAGGUGUGCCUUCAAAAGUGUUGAGUAUCUAUUCGCAAGAGUGUAUGUAUAUCUUUGAUUUUUGUUUUCCUUUUCAACAAGUGUGUUUUUACUUUUUAAGGAAUUCUCUCAUCUCUAUUUUGCACAUCAACCUUUUAAAGUGAUUAAUGGAAUCAGAUGGGUGUAAACAUCCUAGUGGUCAGUUGUAUCGAUAAUAACCAAUAGAUGGCGUAGUUAUUUCAUUAUUUUUAUUGCUGGUAAGGAGUAUGUCUUAUGGGCAAUUCUUAUCUGAUUCUGGAUUACAGGUUUACUAACCAUCCAUUGUGUUAGACUACUUGUUGCUGAUAAUGUCUUAAAGGGAUCUUAUAGUGCCAGGAAAAAAAAAAACGUUUUCAUGGCACAAUAGGCUACUGGAGGGCCCCCUCCUUUGGGGCUCAAGGGUUUAAAACCCCUUUAGCCACUUACCUGAAUCCAGCACAGAUGUCCCUCGGUACUGGGUCAGGGUCCGGCAACACUCCUCCCCCGCCGACGUCAGCCAGUGGGGGAGGCCUAAUGCGCAUUAUUCAAUGCUUUCCGAUGGGGAAAAUCUGACUGAAGGUCCGUGAGAUAACAGACCAAAAGUCUGUUUGGAUUCCGGAAGCCGUCUAGUGGUAUACAGCCAUAGAGGGCAGACUUAGAGCUCCAAUGUAAACAUCGUGGUUCUCUGGAACUGUAAUGUUUUACAUUGCAGCACGAAGUGCAAAAGGGUCACAUCACCCAGACUACUUGAAUUAGCUGAAGUGGUCUGGGUGCCUACAGUGUCCCUUUAACAUAUGUUUAUAUAUUUAAUACACACAAAGUUAGUGUUAGAAUUUAAUGAUAAUGAAAUCUUUUCAAAUUAGUAUUUUAAAUAUAUAAGAAAAUUUAAAGAGGAGUAUUAUUAUAAUAUAUAACUAAACUUAAUUAUAUUGUAAGCUUGGGCUUUUUCUCAAACCCCUCCACCCAUCCUCCUUUCUAAUACUUUAAUUUUUAUGUAUAGACACAAAAGGAAAUGAGAGUCGGCUGUACAUAAUCUAAAACAGGAACAAAAAAGAACACAUAGUGUGAUACAGUAAAACAAAUGUUAGUGUGCUAAGAUGGUAAUGCACUCACAAGAUCAGAAUGAAUAGUGCGCCAAAAGUGUGCCUGCCCCGGUAAACUUGGGCGGCUGAACGCCUCCACUCUCCACUGGAAAUCCAAGCGGACCAAAUUAGGAAUGAGACUCCGAUGGGUUUGGAUAAAAUAAUUAUGCAAAUUUAUUGUAAAUAAAGGGCCAUAUACAUUAGCCACAUAAAUAAAAUAGAGGAAAGGUCCUACGCGUUUCGUUCCUAUAAACAGGAACUUCCUCAGGGACCAAAAACAAAUAAUGUAAUAAAAACAAUCAAUACAAAAAAUGCAUACAAUAUUUCCCCCCCCCGAGUCUCUAUAAAUAGGACUAAGUCCUCAGUUCAUUGGUGGAUCCAGUGGGAGUUACCGAUGAUUCAAUGAUCCUAUUCAGGUGUAGAAUGUCUGAUGAUCCUGUGCAGCUGUGGAGUAGAUGUUUCGGCGGUCUUUCUUGGCGCAAAACGAUGAAACCGGAAACCGGAAAUGAAAGUCCGGUAUUACUUCCGCGUUCCAUUGACAUAUGCGUUCCAACUGAAUCAUAAUGAACAAUUUGCACAUAUCGCCACCUUGAGGUUGCCUGAUGUAUAGCAAUUCUAAUCUAAAUUUAACAAGGACAUAUAUAACAGUAGAUCUCCUAGUGGGAAAAGAAAUAUAAAUAGAUUGCAGGACUAAACAUACAGGAAAAUAUAAUAAAUAAGUGAACAAAUAAAUGAACAAACAUAAAAUGCUUUUCCCACAAUAUUAUUUCCCUCUCAUAUCAUUUUUAUAUUUAAAGUAAAAAAUGUAUUUAAAUACAUAAACCUUCCCUUGAACCUACUUUUUAUUUCAAUAGAUCAUUGUGGAAAUAGAUAUAAUCCAUACAUAAAUCCAAUAUUGUGCUUUCUAUAACGUGAUAAUUAGUGUUGCAUUCUAUAAACCCAUUAGAUGGAUUGCCAUACGACUCUCCAAAUUAUUAUAUGAAGUGUAUAUUUCACAAUAAUAAAAAUAAUAAUUCUAAUUUGUGUGUUGUAAUUAGUAAGUAUCCAUCAAUCAAAUGGGAUACCAUACAAUUCAAUCUUUAUCUAUUAGAAGUCUCUUCUUACUAACACCCUAUCAUGAAUAUAUAUAUAUAUAUAUUUUUUUAUAUUUGAUUAUUAUAAUACUUAAUUUAAUAUCUUUUGUAAUGUAAAAUAUUCCUUAAUGAUCGAAUGUUUCCAUAUAGUACUUUCUUUUAUAUAUCCUUAUUAAAGAUUGUUCCUGUAAAAUUAUGAUGAUAUAGAUAUUAUUAAUUAAUUAGUAUAUAGAUAUCCCAUAUUAUAUUACAGAAUAACGAUCAAGACCAUAUAUAUAUAUAUAUAUAUAUAUAUAUAUAUAUAUAUAUAUAUAUAUAUAUAUAUAUAUAUAUGUCUUCUGUAGCCUCUAACAAGUGCAAAUAACAGAAAAAAAAAUGUGUGUGUGUGUGUAUAUGUAUGUAUGUAUAUAUGUGUGUGUGUAUGUGUGUAUGUAUGUGUAUAUAUAUAUAUAUAUAUAAAAAAAAUCCCUCUUAGGCACCGAUGUAGAACAAAAGGAAAAACUAAUCGAGGAAGCAAAUGAGGUCUAUGUCAAGGUUAAGACCUCUUGGGUGAAGGGUCUGGAGUUUAUGAAUGUGCAAAUUGUGCAAAUUUUUUAAGUCUAUCACCUCCCCUCCAGUAGGGCAAUACUCUUUUUUUUUUUUUUUUUCUAUUCCUACACACUUAAAAUUGGAAAAUGAGAACAAAGGACAAGUGUUACAAUGGGUGGGUACAGAGUGAGUGGUGAUCUUCUUUUUUUUAUAUUGUUCAGAUGUUCCAUAAAUCGUACUUUCAAAAUCCUUUUCGUGCGCCCUACGUAUUGUUUGCCACAUGGACAUUGCAGUAAAUAAACCACAUAGUCCGUGUGGCAACCUAUAUCCAUUUUAAUAUUGAACCUCUCUGUACUGAAACUGGAGAAAGAGUUAGUUCUAGAUACAAGACUGGUGGUGCAGACUUUACAUGUGCUGCAUCCUCUAAAGAAUCCCAAUGAAUUGGAAGCAGUUGGAUGUGUAGAUUUUAGGGCAUAACUCGGAGCCAGCAUGUUUUUAAAAUUUCUAUUUUUCUUAUAGAUAACUUUAGGUUGAUGUGAUAAUGUGGUCCCUAAAACUGGGUCCUGUAGUAGGAUCGGCCAAUAUUGUUGUAAACUUUUCUUUAUUUUAUUGUGAUCAGUAUUAAACUGUGUUAUAAAAGCUGAUGUAAAAUUUGUGUUGGAAAUUUCAAUCUGAGGUUUGUCAACCAAUAAUUGGUUCCUGUCAAUCUGUUUAACUAACCGAAUCUCUCUCUCUAAGGCGUUUUUCUUAUACCCUUUCUCUAUCAAUUUAUUUUUGACAUGUGUGGACUGAAUAUUAAAAUCCUGGCUAUCUGAACAAUUGCGUCUCAAGCGUGUAAAUUGGCUUUUUGCAAUGCCCCUCAGCCAGGGUUUGUGAUGACAACUACGUUGAUGGACAAACCCGUUUCCAUCAGUAGGUUUGAAAAAAAACUUGGUUCUAAUCUCUCCUUUGUCAAUGAACAGGGUCAAAUCCAAAAAAUUGAUUUCAUCCUUAUUCCAGACCGGGGAGAGAACCAGAUUAUAAAGAUUGCAAUUUAGAAAAUUGACAAAAUCCUGAAACAAAGAAAAAGAACCACUCCAAAUGAUAUCACCUAUGUAACGCCGCCAGAGCACCAGGUUCUCCCUCCAGUCAUGACCAGACCAAACAAAAAGAUCCUCCCAACGUCUCAUGUAGGUAUUCGCAUAACUGGGGGCGAACCUGGUGCCCAUGGCUGUCCCCGUGGUCUGUAAAUAAAAUUCACCAUUGAAAUAAAAAUAAUUGUGUUUCAAAAUAAAAUUAACUGAAGUUAGGAGAAAUUGUUUAAGAUUUGAUGCCAGAUUCCUGUCUUGUGUCAUGAAGUGAUUUAAUGCUUCCACCCCCAAUUCAUGGUUGAUAACAGUGUAGAGAGAUGUAACAUCUAGCGUGGCCCAACUAUACUCCGCAUGCCACUCAAUGCACUCUAAUUCCUGCAGAAAAGAAACAUCUACUCCACAGCUGCACAGGAUCAUCGGACAUUCUACACCUGAAUAGGAUCAUUGAAUCAUCGGUAACUCCCACUGGAUCCACCAAUGAACUGAGGACUUAGUCCUAUUUAUAGAGACUUUUUGUAUUGAUUGUUUUUAUUACAUUAUUUGUUUUUGGUCCCUGAGGAAGUUCCUGUUUAUAGGAACGAAACGCGUAGGACCUUUCCUCUAUUUUAUUUAUGUGGCUAAUGUAUAUGGCCCUUUAUUUACAAUAAAUUUGCAUAAUUAUUUUAUCCAAACCCAUCGGAGUCUCAUUCCUAAUUUGGUCCGCUUGGAUUUCCAGUGGAGAGUGGAGGCGUUCAGCCGCCGAAGUUUACCGGGGCAGGCACAUUUUUGGCGCACUAUUCAUUCUGAUCUUGUGAGUGCAUUACCAUCUUAGCACACUAACAUUUUGUUUUACUGUAUCACACUAUGUGUUCUUUUUUGUUCCUGUUUUAGAUUAUGUACAGCCGAAUCUCAUUUCCUUUUGUGUCUAUAUAUGUAUAUAUGUGUUGUAAAAGGUCGGGAACUGGGCCACGACCUUGAGAGGCUGUUUGAUCGAAUACUUCAGAUAAGUAUAUCUGGAUACUAGUACGGUUUUUUCACGUCAAUAGUGUUUGAGAUACUAUAUACAUAUAUACAUUCAUAUAUUGUUGUUGGGUUUUUUUUUUGUUUAAUUUUUAUGUGCAGUGUAGGGUUGUAAAAGAUGGAGAUCGUUAUCUUAUCCACAUUCCAAGGCUUUUACGAUAUGUACUGCAAAUAAGAGACACAAUUCUUGUCUCUUUUCACUAAAUAAAUAGUGUUUAAGAGAGAAAAAAAAGUCUGUCUGUCUUUCUGUUACUAGCAAGCAAAAUAUAGUCACAUUUGCUGAACCGUGACUUGUCAUAUAUUGAUUUUACCCACAAGAUGUGUGACAAGCUAUGCAAAUAUUUGUACAAUAUAUAUACCCCCAACUUGCUUACACCAUUUAAGUUGGUUUCCUUUACUUACAGGAGCUGUUCUGCAUGCAUUCAUGUCAGAGCUCAUACAAUUAAUGGAAAUUUACUUUAGGGGGCAUGAGACUGCCUCAUGUCCAAUUAUAAUAGGGUGAACAGGAAUGGAGGAUGUAGUCUGGGUACUAGAGGGAAAAACAUCAACAUCUUAUGAGGACUUAAAAGAUAAAGCAGUUGGGACAGGUUUCUAACACUAUAAGAAUUGUAACAAGCUUUAUUUUAUUUUUUUGCAUUUCUUUGAUCCAGCAAAUCUAAAACACACUAAAUAACACAAAAACCUAUAUGCUGUUUUUGGUUUUAGGAUUAAAGAGGGUGACUGGACGUUUCAACUCAAAGAACUCAUGUGACGCUCGCACUUAUUCAUACACUCUGCCAACCUUUGCCUUCUUGCUCAAGGACCAUGAAACACAAGAAGAGAGCUUUCGGCUGAGCCAGGAAACACUGGGCAGGGUUAAUGAGCUGCUUGCCCUUUACAAGGGCACCCACAAUUUCCACAACUUUACCUCUCAGAAGGGACCAUGGGACCCCAGCGCGAAACGUUACAUCAUGGAGAUGCAUUGUGAGCCACCUUUCCAGCAAGGUGGUUUAGAGCUUGCUGUAAUUAAGGUGAAAGGACAGAGCUUCAUGAUGCAUCAAAUUCGCAAGAUGAUUGGUUUGGUUAUUGCAGUGGUAAAAGGCUACGCUCCCAUGUCAGUCAUUGAGCGUAGCUGGGGAGAAGAAAAAGUAGACAUUCCAAAAGCACCUGGUUUAGGUCUUGUAUUGGAAAGGGUUCACUUUGAGAAGUACAAUAGACGUUUUGGUAAUGAUGGACUCCAUGAAUCCUUGGAUUGGGCAGAGGAAGAAUCUAAAAUUGAGUCAUUUAAGAAAGAGCAUAUUUACCCCACCAUCAUACAAACAGAAAUACAGGAAAAAUCCAUGUCCACUUGGCUUACCACAUU